AUGCUUAUCUUAAACCACACUGGUGUUAGCCACACAGUCUUCCGCUUGCUGGGCAUCCCUGGCCUAGAAGACCAACACAUGUGGAUUUCCAUCCCCUUCUUCAUGUCCUAUGUCAUUUCUCUGCUUGGGAACAGCCUGCUCAUCUUCAUUAUUUUCACAACACGUAGCCUCCGUGAACCCAUGUACCUCUUCCUCUGCAUGCUGGCUGGAGCAGAUGUUGCACUCUCCACAUCCGCAGUACCACAGGCCUUGGCCAUCUUCUGGUUCCAUGCUGGGGAGAUCUCCCUGGAUCGCUGUAUCGCUCAACUCUUCUUCAUCCAUUCUACCUUCAUCUCUGAGUCGGGGAUCUUGCUGGUGAUGGCAUUUGACCGCUACAUUGCCAUAUGCUACCCACUGAGAUACACCACUAUUUUCACAAAUGCUCUGAUUGGGAAAAUUGGAGUGACUAUCUUUCUCAGAAGUUAUGGUACAAUAUUCCCUAUAAUAUUUCUUCUGAAAAGACUAACUUUUUGCAGAAAUAACAUUCUUCCACACACUGUUUGUGAGGACAUGGGAUUGGCCAAAUUUUCCUGUGAUGACAUCCAAAUAAACAUCUGGUAUGGUUUUUUUGUGUUAAUGUCAACAGUAACUUUAGAUGUAAUGCUAAUUUUUAUUUCCUAUGUGCUGAUUCUCCGUGCUGUCUUCCGCAUCCCUUCCCAAGAUGCUCACCAUAAAGCUGUCAGUACUUGUGGCUCCCAUGUCUGUGUCAUCACUCUCUUUUAUGGGCCUGGGAUCCUCACAACCCUUACUCAGCGGUUUGGACACCACAUUGCACCCCAUAUCCAUGUGCUGCUGGCCAAUGUCUGCAUUCUGGCACCACCUAUGCUGAAUCCCAUCAUUUAUGGUGUCAAGACCAAACAGAUCCGGAACCAGGUGACUCAGAUCUUGUUUCCAAAAGUGAUAUGA